UACGGGAGUAUGCUGCUUGCAGAGGCUCUGCUGGAAAAAUGUCUGAAAGAGAACUUUGCCAAACUGAAGGACUCCAUUCCACUGACAGAGAAGAAUGAUCCUAAACUGAGUGAAGCUAAACAGCACCUGACCAGUAUCUUAAGCAGAGGAAAACUACGUCCUAAGUAUAUGACAGAGGCUAUGCUGAUCCUAGGAAAGCUUCAUUAUGUGGAAGGAUCCUACAGAGAUGCCAUCAGCAUGUAUGCAAGAGCAGGAAUUGAUGACCUCUCAACAAAAGGUGAACCCCUGUACAUGCUGCGUUUGGUAACUGAAGCCUUCGUUAUUAAAGGUCUCUCACUCGAGCGCUCAACCAACUCCAUUGCCUCUCGUGCUCGACUGUGUGAAAGGGAGGAGGAAGUCAUGGCUUGUUUUGAGACAGCAUGUGUCAUUGCCCAGGUGUACUUGCAGGAGCUUGAAAAGUUUGAACUUCCCUGCUUCCUGGAAGCAGCUCUUCAGAGUGCCUAUGUGACUCAUUUAAAGAGAGGUAAUAUUGUGAAAGGAAUGAGGAGCCUGCGGGAAAUACUACGGACUGUGGAAACAAAAGCUACUCAGACCUUCAAAAUGACUGCAGCCAAACAGCUGGCCCAGCUGCUUCUCCAUUCUCUCAGCGAAGACUGUUACUGGAGCCCUUUAUCUGAUCCGCUUCCUGAGUUCAUGAACAAGGAAGAUCAGUCUUAUGUUAGCAAUCUUCUUUGUCGGAGGCCUGAGCUGUACACAGAAGAGAAUGCAUACUGCCCACAAGACAACGUAGAAGAGGCUCUUCUUCUCCUCUUAAUCAGUGAAUCCAUGGCAAACCGGGACGCAGUGAUCAGCCGAGCCCCAGAGCAGCAGGUUGACAGAACUGUCAGCCUCCGGGAUGCUUCUGCAGUCUACGACCUCCUCAGUAUCACGCUGGGCAGAAGAGGGCAGUAUGUCAUGCUUUCUGAGUGCUUAGAGAGAGCCAUGAAGUUUGCAUUUGAUGAAUUUCACCUCUGGUACCAGCUUGCUCUGUCCAUGGUGGCUUGUGGAAAGUCAGCAUAUGCUGUGUCAGUGCUCAAAGAGUGUGCUAAGCUACGACCUACAGAUCCCACCGUUCCUCUUCUGGCUGCCAAGGUCUGCAUUGGGUCCCUGCACUGGCUGGAAGAAGGAGAAAGCUUUGCUAAAAUGGUGAUAGACCUGGGUGAGGAUGCUGGAGAGUUCCUAGCAAAGGGUUACCUGGCACUGGGCCUGACAUACAGUCUUCAAGCUACUGAUGCUACUCUGAAGGGCACUCAGGAUGAAUUAAACAGGAAAGCACUUCAGACUUUGGAGAGAGCACGUGACUUGGCCCCGGAAGAUCACCAAAUCAUCCUCUACCUAUCACUGCAACUGGCUUUUGUCAGACAGAUUUCUGAUGCUAUAGAACAUCUUCAAGAAGCACUACAACUAUGCAAAGAUGACAUGAAUUCACUUCAUCUACUGGCCCUCCUCUUUUCAGCUCAGAAGCACUAUCAACAUGCACUGGAUGUCAUCAACAUGGCUGUUGUUGAAUACCCAGAAAGCUUUAGCUUACUCUUCACCAAACUAAAACUGGAAUGGAUACAUAAAGGACCUGAAGAGGCUCUGGUGACAUGCAGACAUAUGUUGCAGAUGUGGCAGAUGGUAUAUAAUGUUUUACAGCACAGUGCCUCUGAGAAAGGAAGCAGUGUGACUGAAACACCAGUGAUCAAAAAGCAUAAUGGACUGCAUCUCACACUCCCAGAUGCUCAUGAUACUGAUUCUGGAUCACAGCGAGCCUCUUCCCUUGCUGCAUCAAGACUGGAACAGGCCAUGUCUGAAAUAACUAUGCAGAGCAGCACAAUGAAGCAAGGACCUAUGCAGCUGUGGACAACUCUUGAACAAAUCUGGCUACAAGCUGCUGAACUCUUCAUGGAACAACAGCAUCUCAAAGAAGCAGGCUUUUGUAUCCUGGAGGCAGCUAGUCUUUUCCCCACAUCUCAUGCUGUACUGUACAUGCGUGGGAGGCUUGCAGAGAUGAAAGGCAAUUUGGAGGAGGCUAAGCAAUUGUAUGAUGAAGCGCUCACAGUGAAUCCAGCUGGAGUGGAAAUUAUGCACAGCCUGGGCCUGGUGCUGAGCAGACUUGGGCGGAGGGACCUGGCUCAGAAAGUCCUCAGAGAUGCCAUCCAGAUCCAGACCACCAGUCACAAGGCCUGGAACAGCCUUGGAGAGGUCUUGCAAGCUCAGGGGAAAAAUGAAGCAGCCAUUGAAUGCUUCCUCACCGCUCUGGACCUCGAAUCCAGCAGUCCUGUCAUCCCGUUCACUGUCAUACCCAGGGAGCUCUGA